UCUGAUCUCUCUUCCCCCCUUCCCUCUUCCCCAACCCUCUCCCUCUCCCUCUCCCUCUCCUCUACCUCUCCCUCUCUCCCUCUCCCUCUCCCUCUCCUCUCAUGCUCAUUGGAAACAUUAUCGGAUCCUCAGCUAAGCUCUUCGAGGGCCACUGCGAGGGUUCCAUUGUUAAAUGCUCUUUCUCUCCGUUUCUCUUCUUUUCAUGUCUUCCAUCGACGUCCCUCUUUCUUCUGUUCUCCCUCCAACUAGGCUGCAAACCCUAGUUUUUGAUUCCUUCUGCAUACGUCUUCCUUCGUUCCUUAAUCCCCAUAAGUUUACUUACAAUUUAAACCUAUUGUGUUCUGAAGUUCAAUUGCCCGCCCAGCAUGAGUGAUCCUACGAAGGUACUUGUAUUUGGUUCAUUUACUGAAGAUGAAACACGGACAUGGCUAAUGAAGUCAUCCGGAGAUGGUGGAAAGCCUGUGGAAAAGAAAGAAUUACAGAGUGGUUCUUCGAAAUUUGUCACUGGAAGAUCUUUCAAUGAAUUUAGCAAUGGCUCAAGCAGACAGUUGGGUUCUACAAAAGGGCAAAUACGUUCUCAGCCCUCAAACCUGAUUAAGAAGGAUGAUGAAGUGAAAUCCAUAAAAGUGGCCAAUGGUCCCUUGCCAAAAGCCUCUGGAACUCCCAAAGAAAAUGGAACUGUUUGUAGUUCCAGCCAUAGCGUUCCUCUUAGUAAUGGUGUGAACAAUUUGCAAACAGAUGCUGUUGAUUUAAAUUCUCUUUCUCUAUCCCAUGCAAAAGCUGGUGCUCCAAAUCAAUUUUCAAGUUUGAAUUCUCAUGCCAUUGAAAGUGAAAACUCAAAGGGCAGAGAUGGUAUUGUUAAUAAUUCAUCAGUGCCUUUGCCAUUCAAAGAUGAUAUCCAGAAAGCUUCUAAUGGGCCUCUUACUGCUGUUAGAAACUUACUGCCUCGAGGCUUAAUUAACUCAGGGAAUUUAUGCUUCCUCAAUGCAACUCUGCAGGCUCUUUUAUCAUGUUCUCCAUUUGUUCAUCUCUUGCAGGAACUAAGGAUUCAUGACAUUCCUAAGGUGGGCUAUCCAACACUAACUGCAUUUGCUGAGUUCAUCUCUGACUUCGACAUGCCCAGUGACUCAAGUCUAAAGAAAAAAGACAUGUCUGUUGUUGAGACUGGUAGGCCUUUCUGCCCUACCAUGUUUGAAGCCGUUCUUAAAAAUUUUACCCCAGAUGUGCCAAAUAGCACAUCAGGCAGGCCAAGGCAGGAAGAUGCACAGGAGUUUCUAAGUUUUAUCAUGGAUCAGAUGCAUGAUGAAUUGCUCAAGCUUCAAGGACAAGUUUCAAGCUUAAAAGGUGGGAAAUCAUCUCUGAUUUCUUCUGCAGAAGAUGAUGAAUGGGAGACAGUUGGCAGAAAGAACAAAUCUGCAGUGACUAGAACACAAAGUUUUGUUCCUUCAGAGCUAAGUGCGAUCUUUGGAGGACAAUUGAAAAGUGUUGUGAAGGCAACAGGAAACAAAGCUUCUGCUACCAUUCAACCUUUUCUCUUGCUUCACCUUGAUAUUUUUUCGGAAGCUGUUCAUGCUAUUGAGGAUGCACUUCAUUUAUUUUCUGUAUCAGAAACUCUUGAGGGGUACCGGACAGCAGCAACUGGAAAGGCUGGAGUCGUGACUGCCAGAAAAUCUGUAAAGAUACAAACACUUUCUAAGAUAAUGAUAUUGCAUCUAAUGCGUUUUGGGUAUGGAAGCCAAGGUAGCACCAAAUUGCAUAAACCUGUGCGUUUUCCUCUUGAAUUGGUGUUGGGUCGAGAUUUGCUUGUUUCUCGAUCUACUGAGGGCCGAAAAUAUGAACUUGUUGCCACAAUAACACACCAUGGAAGGGAGCCUUCGAAAGGACAUUACACUGCAGAUGCUCGUUACCCUAAUGGCCAGUGGCUACGGUUUGAUGAUGCAUCUGUCACUGCCAUUGGCACAGGCAAGGUGUUGCAUGACCAGGCAUAUGUCCUCUUCUACAAACAAGUGUAGAAAGUAUUUGGAGAGAAGAAACCUCUUUCUCUCUGCUCCUGCUUCUGUAGGUCUGCUUCCAAUAAUUUCUGCAUUGAAGAUGAACAUUCUCACCGGCCAAUUGGAAGCUGCAGUUAAAACUUAGUGCAGUUUGUUCAUAAGCCCCCCAACCAAAUUUAAGGACUAGUUGUUUGAUCAUCCUAUGCAGCUUGUUCUUUCUGCAGUGGUCCCUCUGAGCCAUGCUUUUGCAAGACAGUUUCUGGCUGUGAAUAUCCCUUGAAAGCCUUGCUUUCGUCGCUUGAGACAAAAGCAGGGUGGUGGUAGACCACUUUAUCCUUCAUUAAAACAUAUCAAAAGAGGGAUAAAAUGCCCAUGAAAACAUUUUACAAUUCAAAAAAGUUGCUAUUGCAAAGAUCAGCUUCCAUUAGAAGUUACAACUUUAAGGGUGGUCGAAUUCAUGCUGCUUCUCUAAAUCGUUUGUUCGUUCCUUCCAAACGAAUUAAAGAACGUUGUUUGUGUUUUUUAGGCCUUUUGUGGUCCAACCCGCACAAAGAAUUUGGUUUGGGUUCAUGUAAAGACACCGUGAAGCUGUUGGUUUCACUGCUUUUGCUGGUUCCACAAGUUGAAAGGGUACUUUAUGUGACUCUCAA